AUGGGGAAGCCAUUUCUCCCAGUUGGCUGGAGGCCUCUGCACGCUCCUGACCUGCAGCCUCGGGAGCGCGGGGCCGCUCUCAAUGGCAACAUGAAUAGAACGGGGGCCGCUCUCAAUGGCAACAUGAAUAGAACGGGGGCCGCUCUCAAUGGCAACAUGAAUAGAACGGGGGCCGUUCUCAAUGGCAACAUGAAUAGAACGGGGGCCGCUCUCAAUGGCAACAUGAAUAGAACGGGGGCCGCUCUCAAUGGCAACAUGAAUAGAACGGGGGCCGCUCUCAAUGGCAACAUGAAUAGAACGGGGGCCGCGCUCAAUGGCAACAUGAAUAGAACGGGGGCCGCUCUCAAUGGCAACAUGAAUAGAACGGGGGCCGCUCUCAAUGGCAACAUGAAUAGAACGGGGGCCGCUCUCAAUGGCAACAUGAAUAGAACGGGGGCCGCUCUCAAUGGCAACAUGAAUAGAACGGGGGCCGCUCUCAAUGGCAACAUGAAUAGAACGGGGGCCACUCUCAAUGGCAACGUGAAUAGAACGGGGGCCGCUCUCAAUGGCAACAUGAAUAGAACGGAGGCCGCUCUCAAUGGCAACGUGAAUAGAACGGGGGCCGCUCUCAAUGGCAACGUGAAUAGAACGGGGGCCGCUCUCAAUGGCAACGUGAAUAGAACGGGGGCCGCUCUCAAUGGCAACGUGAAUAGAACGGGGGCCGCUCUCAAUGGCAACAUGAAUAGAACGGGGGCCGCUCUCAAUGGCAACGUGAAUAGAACGGGGGCCGCUCUCAAUGGCAACGUGAAUAGAACGGGGGCCGCUCUCAAUGGCAACAUGAAUAGAACGGGGGCCGCUCUCAAUGGCAACAUGAAUAGAACGGGGGCCGCUCUCAAUGGCAACAUGAAUAGAACGGGGGCCGCUCUCAAUGGCAACAUGAAUAGAACGAGGCAGAGGCGGGGGCGGUGA